AUGCGUACCCAGAAUGCCCCCAUCAAGAGGGUGCAUCGUGUAGAUGACAACUCUCAUCCACACCCUGGACCAGCCAAACUGGCCCAUCCUCAAGUACCUGUUGCUGACCCAACAGUGAGCCAUAGGGUCCAAUCUAAUACAUCCAAUCCCGAGUCGGGAAAAGAGCAGGCACUGCGUCACCCCCUCCUACCACUCGAAUAUUCAUGGUUCCGGCUACCUAGCCAGAAUCGUUCUCCUUCUCCUGGGACAUGGAGAAACAUACCCAUCCCAGGUUCCUUCCACACCAACGACUUCGCCAUCGUCAAUGUGAACGGGUUUAAAUUCAUGGUUGACCUCAAGUGGAUCAACCAGCAGGUUGGGGCAGCUGGGGUUAUCGAUGAUGCCCCAGGCGAUGUUUGUGACCUUCAUGCUUGUUACUUCGAGCUGAAAUUCAAGGGCAGAAGGAAUCCUUCUGUGGAUGACUUUGACAAGAGGUAUGGGUACAUCCAAAGGACUCCCGAAAUUCUCAAUGAGGCAGGGAUGAAGUACAUCCUGCUGUCGUUGUGGAGGCAUCAUCCCUCCAAUGAGGCAAGGGCUUGUAGGGUGGCCAAUAUGACUGCCUUCAAAUUCUCGAAACUGCAUGUGGGCGACUACCCCAUACCUCCUCCCCCUCCAUCACAGUCAGGGCACUUCAUGCCUGAACCAGCUCCACCUGCGCCUCCACAAAAGAUGCAGGUUUCUCUCUCUCAAUUAAUGGAUGGCAACUAUGGCCAUCUACCUGCCACCAUGCGUCCUCCCACCCCACUGCUUAUCCCCGAUGAGGAUGAGGAUAUGAAGAGUGAUGGCAAGGCGACUAGAGGGUCAGUCGAUGAGGCUGCUCCUCUUCCUGAACAACGUUUCCCUGCUGUGAUCUGGUCUGAGACCGAGGCUGCUGUUGCUGGUCCUUCUGUCAGAGUCGGGCAGACUGUCAGAGUCGGAAUACUGUCAGAAGACGGAUUGGGUUUCUGUCUGAGUUGGGGUCGGAGGUGA